AUGACUCGUCUUAAUCAAACACAAAUAAACAUGAUGCAACAUGGAACGAUGUCAUCAACAACAAAACAAACUAAAUCAACAGCCGAUAACGAAGCAAAUUUACUGAAUACUGAUUUAGAAGAAUAUCAAAAGGGAAAAAUACAACAACUCAUUAACAAGUUUCCUGACGUGUUCAAUGAGCAGCCAGGAAAAACAAAAAAAAUACAACAUCAAAUUAACUUAAUCCCUGGGGCACGACCAUUGAAUUUACCACCAUUUCGGUACGCACCAGUAAGAAAACAAAUUAUUGAACAAAACUUAAAGGAAAUGUUAGAUCAAGGAAUUAUCUCACCAUCCACGAGCCCAUGGGCAUCACCAGUUAUAUUGGCACCAAAAAAAGACGGAAGUUUACGCUUCUGCAUUGAUUACCGAAAAUUAAACUCAGUAACAAUUCGUGAUGCAUAUCCAAUACCAAGAAUCGAUGAUACACUAGAUUCACUGCAGGAAGCAAAAUUCGUAUCAACACUCGAUUUACGCUCCGGAUACUGGCAAGUGGAAAUGGAUGAAGAAGCAAAAGAAAAAACAGCGUUUGUCACACACAAAGGUCUAUUCGAAUUUAACGUUAUGCCAUUUGGAUUAACGAAUGCUCCAGCGACAUUUCAACGACUGAUGGACAUAGUAUUAGCUGGUCUCAAGUGGCAAUGUUGUCUUGUAUACAUUGAUGAUGUGGUAAUUUUUUCACCAACAUUCGAACAACAUCUGAUCGAUUUAGAAAAAGUCUUUCAAGCUCUUAGAUCCGCAAAUCUUACUUUAAAAGCAGCAAAAUGUCAAUUCUGCCGUCGAGAAAUGCGCUAUUUAGGACACAUUAUCACUCAAAAUGGCAUUAAACCAGAUCCAGAUUUAAUCAAAUCAGUAACAAAUUUUCCACAGCCGAAAAAGAUCAAAGAUGUUCAAUCGUUUCUCGGCUUAACCGGUUACUAUCGUCGAUUCAUCAAAGAUUACUCAAAAAAAGCCGAACCAUUAUUACAACAACUACGAAAUUCUCAAAAAGGCAAUCAUCAAUUGAAAUGGCCACAAGAAUGUGUUGAUGCAUUUGAAACAUUAAAGAAAAGAUUAACAAACGCUCCAAUCAUGAACACGCCAAACUUCGAACAGCCAUUUAUAUUGGAGCUCGACGCGUGUGAAUACGGCCUGGGGGCGGUAUUAACACAAGAAUAUGAAGAAAAGAAAUAUGUAAUAGCAUAUGCAAGCCGAACAUUAUCAACAGCAGAGAGAAGAUAUGGAGCAACAGAACGAGAAGCAUUAGCGAUCGUGUGGGCGAUAAAACAUUUUCGUCCAUACCUCGAAGGAAACAAAAUUUAUAUUAGAACAGAUUGUAAAGCAUUAGAAUGGAUGCGAACGGCAAAAGAUAUAACAGGUAGAUUAGUCCGAUGGGCAAUGAAAUUAUCGGCUUAUCAAAUUGAAGAAAUUAAAUAUCGACCAGGAAAAUCAAAUGCAAAUGCCGACUCAUUAUCUCGCAAUCCAUUACCGAAUGAUAGGGUCAACCAACACGAAGUAUCAACAAUAGAAACGGCUAUUAAUCUGUGA